AUGCUUAUUAAAAAAGCUCACGGUUGUCAUCCUGCUGGUCACAGUUGUGAUAAUAAAUGUGGUGCUCAGGUUACAUAUGCCAAUUUGAUACCAAAUUCUAUACUUAACAUUACGGUUCAAUCUCCUGAUGAUGGUGACGGCUUGGGAGUUAGUGCAAUUGGUCACUUUAGCAUUAAAAUUGAUAAUGACGAUUCAUUAGAAUUAUGGAAAGAGCCUACAUGGGUUAAUGGUUGUCAGUGUAAAAACUGCACGAAUAUACCUGUGCAAUACAGUUUUCUUCAGCCGUUUUAUAUGAAAAUGCCACCAAAAGGAACCGAGUUUGAGAUUUGGAUUGCAAUAUAUUGGAGUUGCAAGUUAGACGACUCAAGUUUUAAACCUUGUCAUAGUGAAAAUGUAUACCAUCGAGAUUAUGUCAGGUAG